GUUUUUUGUUUUGAUGAUGAGUUCCUCCACUCUUGGCGAUGGACCGCACGAAGUCACUGCUCAUCCGCAUCCGGUGAGCUUCAGCUCCACUGCGGGAUGGAGCUGUGACGGUGCAAGGACUGUCCCUGGCGGCUGCAGCGGCGGCUCCGUGUCGGGCGCACGUCGGUUUCGGUGCUGCGAGCGCUGCAAUUUUGAUCUGUGUGACAAGUGCGUUGCUGCAAGCCUGAAGAGCCCGCCUGCUGCCGAUGCUGCUGCUGCUGCUGCUGCUGAUGCUGCUGGUGCUUCUGCGUCCAACGCAGCACCGAUUGGCGAUGAUGAGCUCGUGUUCACCAAGCAGCACGGACAUCCCGUCAAGUACUGCUCGCAGGCUGGUUGGAGCUGCGAUGGAUGCCGCGGCCGCCCUGAAGCCCCGAUCAAGCGGUACAAGUGCGCGCAGGGCUGCAACUUUGACGUGUGCACGCCUUGCCUGAUGAGCUCUCGGCUCGCGGCGGACGACCCCUCGGUGCUGCAGAAGGAAGUCGACGCGGCGACAGAGUUUUUCAGGUCGAAACUGUCCUACGCCAAGUCCCAGCCCGUGACCUGGAUGGAACGCGUGACAGAGGCGUACACGGAAGUGCGUGCCCGGAUUGCGACGCUGCAGGCCAACACGGCGUUGGCGACCAACAACGACCUGCAGGCCCUGAUUGCACAGACGCAACUGACCAUGGCAACGCACGAGGACAGCCUGAUGGCGCAGGUGGCAGAGCGCAAGCUGGACGACGACAAGGGUUUUGUGCAGCGUCGGAUUGCCUACGCCCGCCAGAAUGGGCUGCGAUUCAUGGACCGUGUCGCUGAGGCACACACCGACGUGCAAACCCGACUGGCUGCGAUGGAGACCAACGUGCACUACCAGCGCCUGGAUCCUGGACUGCAGGCGUACAUUGACGAGCAACGCGCGGCCGUGCAGGCGUACGAGCGCGAGCUGGCGCUGGAGAAGCGCAAGUCGGAUCUGAGCGACGACAUUGGCUACGUUCGUCGUCGGCACCAAGAGAUUGUGAACAACCACCUGCCUCGUUUCCCCGACCGUGCUCGGGAUGCAGCCAAGGAGGCAAAGCAGCGACUGGACAAGGUCGGUGACUGCGAGGCGUUCUACGGCCUGGACGAGGUGGACACGUUCCUGGCCGAGUUUACACCAAAGCUGCGCGACGCACUCGCCGAGGCCGACCGACUGCUGCUGGAAGACGCCGUGUCCAAGGCGGUGUGGAACCCCAACCACUUUGUGGGCAUGGCCAUCGACACUCUCGAUCGUAUUGGCAGCUACGGUGAUCAGGCACUUGGUCACUUCACCUCGUCGGAGGAGGGCUGGGCGCGACUCGAGUUUGAGCACGAAGACUGGCUGCAGCAGCCCGUGUUUCUGGAGGCCAAGCAAAAGUUCCGCGCCAAGGCGGACGAGUUCCGCAAGCGUCACGACGAGGUGGUGCUGAAGGAGGAGGCCAAGAAGGCGUUGGAGUCGGCGAGGUCCCUGCUGAGCUUUGUGGAGAGCUACCGACGCGGACACUUUGGACAGGCGCUCGACUACCUGCGACAGAGCAAGGACAAGACCGAGGCCAUUCGUGCCGACGCCCGCUUGACUCGUCUGCCCGAAGUGCAAGAGUUCCUGCUCGAGCACACGGCUGCUCUGGCCGCCAAGCAGGCCGAGCUCGAUGAAGAGCUGCUGACCAAGGAGGUUGCCGAUGCGACAAGCAAGGCACUGCAGCUGCUGAGCUUUGUGCCCACCUACUUCAAGUCGGGGCACGAAGGACAGGCGCUCGACUACCUCCAGCAGAGCAAGGAGGCCUGCGACGCAGUGCUGACUGAGUCCAGGUUUGUUGGCCGACCGGAGCUCGAGCCCUUCUUGGUGCAGUACGGCGAAGGUCGGAAGGCCUUCGAGCAGCAGUACCGCGAGACGGUGUUGGCCCGUACGUUCAAGGAGGCGACGGAGAAGGCGACACAGCUGCUGUCACAUGCGUUCACCUACGAUAACAGUGGACACUAUGGGCAGGCGCUCGACUACCUGCGACAGGCCAGGCAUGCUCACAUGGAUGCGAUGACCGACGCGCGACUGCUGCAGGACAUGCAGCAGGAGCUCGCGGCCUUUGAUGGCCAGUUCAAGGCACGAGCGGCCGAGUAUGAGCAGCUCUACAAUGCCCGCACGUACGCUGAGCAGGCCAAGGAGGCUCGCGAGAACGUCAGCAGGCCGCUGGGCUUUGCGCGCAUGCACCUGGACUCGCACCGCAACGGCCAGGCACUCGAGGACUUCCGUCGAGCCCAGUCUGCCUUGAAGGAGCUGCAGGACGAUCCACGAUUCGCUGCCGAUGCUGAGCUGCAGUCGUUCGCUGCCCAGCAGAGUGCACAGGUCGAUGCGUUCAAGGCCGACUUUGAACAGCGCGCGGUGAGCGCCGACUACAAGCAGCAGAGCGAAGGAGCCCUGCAGCUGUUGUCACAUGCCAACACCUACUUUGACUCGCACCACCGUUCACAGGCUCUCGACUACCUGCAGCAGGCCAAGCGCGCGGCGGCGGUCGUCAAUGGCAGCACCACGUUUGCCAACGCAGCGUGUCUGCAAGAGGCGCUGGCCGCGUUCCGUACCCGCUUCACCGCCGAGGCUGUUCGUUUUGCCGAGCGCUACGACACCGCUGUGCUUGAUGGAGAGGUGCGCGAGGCGCUCGACACUGCGCGCCAGCAGCUGAACAACGCCAACACCUACUUUGACUCGCAUCACGACGCGCAGUCGCUCGAGUACUUCCACAACGCGCGAGCACGCAGGGAGGAGAUCCUUGGUAACGCUCGCUGGCGGGAACGACGUGGCGACGAGCUGCGUCGCUUCCAGACCGAGUUCGACGCGAAUGCAGCAGACUACCUGCGUCGCUAUGCGGAUCGUGAGUUUGCCACCGAGCUCAACGCCGCAGAGUCCCUGUGUAACGACAACCUGUCGCAUGCCAACACCUACUUUGACUCCCAUCGCACUGGUCAGGCCCUCGACUACUACAGCAAGGCCACGGCUGCUGCCGGCGCCCUGGCUGCUGACGCCCGGUUUACAGGCGUGCCUCGUGUCACCGCCUUCCUGCCGGACUUUGCGGCACGCGCCACCGCCUUCCGCACCCGCUUUGCCGAGCGCGAGUUUGCCGACCGCUUGAAGGAGGCACGCGACAAGGUCAGCACCAAUCUGUCGCACGCCAACACCUACUUUGACUCGCACCGCCGUUCGCAGGCCCUCGAGUAUCUGCAGCAGGCGCGCACCGCACUGCUCGCCUAUCGCGCCGACUCGCAGCUGUUGGCGGAAGAAUCCACGUCAGCGUGGCUUGCUGAUGUGGAUGCAGGCAUGCGCAGCUUCGAGCAGCGCUUUGCCGAGGUGGUCUUCAAGGAGCAGCUGGACAAGGCCAUCGGCGGCAUCACACAGCAGCUCACCUUCGCCGAGCAGGCCAUCACCGGGCACGCUGUCGAUGUUCCCCGCUGUCUCGCUGCGCUCAAGCUGGCGCGCCAGCAGGCCGCAGAGCUCGGUGCCGAUCCGCAGUUCCUCAACAACGACCGUGUGCACUCCUUCCUCUCGCAGGACUUUGAGGCCACCACGCGCCGCCUUGAAGCGGAGGUCCGUCGUCAGCUCGCCGCGCAGCAGCUGCGCUCUGUGCAGUCGGACUGCACGACCAACCUCAACAGCUCGCGCAUCUACUUUGCCUCACAGCAUCGCAGCCAGGCCUUUGACCUGAUCAACAAGGCCCGCGAUGCCGUCGACCGCUACGAGGACGAGCUGAAGGCAGAGCCCGUGCAGCAAGGGGAGGCUCGUGCUUUCAUCGAGCAGUUCAGGCAGCAGCUGGCCGAGUGCCAAACCACCUACUCGCAGGCGCUCUUCAACGAAGAGCUGAGCGGACUGGUUCGCGCUGCAGAGUCGAUUCUCACGGACGCGGAGGGACAGUUCGCACAACGCCGUCGUGACGUGGCACUCGAGCAGCUCGAGAAGGCCAAGGAUGCGGCGGAGAAGCUGUCGGAUCCCAAGUUCUUCGGCGUGCCACAGGUGGAGCAGUUCUUCAACGCGUGGCGUGCUCGCAUCGAGGCGUUCCACAGUGCGUUCAACAGCGCUGUGUUUGCCGAGCAGCUGACCGAAGCUGAAGACAAGGUCUGCUCGCACUUCCACCAGGCGCGUGCCUUGUUUGAUCAAGGCGUGCACGAUGGCUGUGCCGAGCAGCUUCGUGAGGCCACGUCCGCACUGGCGGCACUGGCAGGCAACCCCUCGUUCGUUGGCGUUGCUCGUGCCACGUCCUUUGUUGAGAGUGUUGGUGCCAAAGUGGCUGCCUUCCGUCAGGAGGCGAACGACACAAUCCACCGACAGGCGGUGGCCAAGCAGGUGCAAAGUAUUCGUGAGCAGUUGACCACGGCCAACACCCUGUACGGUCAUCACGCCUACUCGUCGGCGCUCGAGCAGUUCAACGCCGCCAAGGACAAGCUGAAGGCGCUCGUCGAAGCCGAUGAUUCCGCUGUCGCUCAGCACGCUCUCGUCGUGGCCUUCAAACCCGAUGCCCAGGCACUCAUCGACACGUUUGCCAAGGCCUUCGCCGCUCAGCAGCUGUCCGUGCAGGCCCGCGACUUUGUCGUGCCACUGCAAACGGUGCUCAACGGUGCUCAGGUGCUCGUCACGCGAGGGCUGUGGGACGCGCCUGCCUUGAAGGACGCAGUCACGCAGCUCAACGCUGCCCUACGUGAGCUGCCCGACCCACUGCUGGCCCACCACGCUGACGUCCGUGGUCUCAUCGAUCAGGUGGCCGCCGUGCAGAAGCAGUAUGCAGAGCGCGUGCUCACUCCCACUGCCGCAGCCCCGAUUGCCGACGCUCUUCGACAGCUGGACGGCUACGUUGCCAAGUUCAUCGAUCGUGACCAGUUCGACAAGGCCCUCGAAGCCUUCGACGAACGUGUCCGCACGCCCACUGCAUUCUUGUGGACUGCCGACACUGCAGCACUCUACGCUCUCUUGCCUGUCGUGCACGAGUUCUUUGCUCGUGUUGCCGAGUUCUGUCGUGUCCGCUUGGCCGGUCGUACAUCGCUCAUCGUCACGUCGGGUUUGUCGUCGUCUGGUGCGUCGUCGUCUGGCUCGUCUUCCGGCCCUCGUACUCUCCUGGCUGUGCUGGGUGGUACGCUCGACCCGCCUUCGUCCGAUUACCUGAAGGUGGCGACCAUCCCGUUGACCGUGGACAUCAACCCGUCGAUCUACACGGCCGUGAAGAGCGCCAACACCAUUGCCGGCCAGUUCUUCACUGCCACGCGCGAGCUGAGCCGCGCCCUUGCCAAGAUGGCGUUCAGCGAGCCGGUGCAAACGGACAUGCACAUCUGGCAUUCGACGUUUGAGAUCUUCUCGCGUGACACGGCGGGCUAUCCAAUCGAGUCCAUCGAGCAAUACAUCAAGGACUACCGUCGCUGGGUGACCGACGCCAAGCAGGACGCACCCGAAGAUGCCACCACCAAGACCUUCGUGGGCAACUUCGCCACCUUCGAAGAGCGCUGGGCUGAGAUGACGGCUUUCUGGAAGAAGGCCUCGGCCAUGGGCAAGACGCUUGGCCAGGUGAUUCUCACCGUUGGCUUCCUCAAGGCCGCCCUCGAGCAUGGCAAGGGUUGCCUUGGUCAUGCUGGCGUCCCAGUCAUCAACCUGCAUCACUCUGCCAGCAUCAUCGGUGGUUGCAGCCUUCCCAGUAGCGCCUACGACUACGAGAUCUUUUUGCUCGUCAUUGAUCGUUCUCGCCAGCUGCUGGCCAAGAUCGACGAGCUCGAGACCGCCUGGGGUGGCUUCCCCAACAAGCCCACCUUCGUGAAUGAGAUCACCGAGCUCAUCACCGAGGCGCGCAGGCUUCAUCCCCAGCACUGCAUCUGGGCGGCCAUGCAUCUCGCAGGCAACCUGUCUGGCUGCCGUGACAACUACGUGCAAGGACUGCGUCGCUUCCCCAUCGCCCGCCGCGUGCUCAAGGAGCGUCUGCGUGCCUCGUUCUUCAAGAACCACAGCCGUCGCUUGCACACCAUGAAGGAGUGCAAGCCCGUCGCCUACCACAUCAACGACGCCAUUGGCACACCCUCCGAUGUCUUUGAGGAGACUGAAGAGGAGUACGCCCUGCCCUACCAGGUCAUUGUGCCCGGACUCGCCGAGCCCAAGCAGCCCUUCGGCAACCGCGCCGACCAGUCCCAGUCAUCGCAUGCUUGGACGUCCGUGAGCAAGUCCUCCGUUGGCAAGAUUUUCUUUGCCAACGAGUUGAUCGACGCCAGCGUGUCGAGCACCUCUGCCUUCAAGUCAGAGUUCUCGGCGACCGACAACAUUUACGGCCGCGCCUGGUGGCCUCGCAGCCUCAACAACUACGCUCUGGCACUCGACAAGAAGGACGGCAAGCCCAUCUACGGUCCUGAGCAUCUGUUUAACGGCUCGGCCCACGACCUCGAGUUCCUCCUAUUCGUCACUGUCGAUGGAAAGCAGGUCAAGCGUGAAGGUCAGAUCGCUGGCGCCUUCACCUGGUUCCGCGCUUCGCAGCCAAACGCCCCCAGCCGUGGCGAACGUCACAUCCCCGGCCAGGAGACCGACUUCUGGGCCUACUCGCAGACCUGUCGUUUGCAGGUGUCCCUCAAUGAGAUCACCCAUGCUGGUGAUGACUGGGUCAACGUUGCCAACCGCUUCCGCCGGCUGUUCAAGACCCUCUGCAACGGCUCGUCGCCCUCCUCGCACAAGAUCAAGAUCGAUCUCUGCUUCCGUGUGGUCACAAACCACACGCACUUUGAGUCCAAGCCCGGCAAGGCCCCUUUCCCACUCGAAGACACGCCGAUCAGCGCCCCCAUCGCCUCGGGCGAGUUCACCGUCAAGGUCCCGGCGCGCCCCGAAGAGAUCAUCCUGCCAACCAUGUUCCGUCGUCGCAACCCCGACAUCAAGAUUCCACGUGCUGUCGCCCUCGACUAUGAGAAUCAGAUCAAGGACUGGCUCAACAAGGCCCACGGCUGGGGCGUCGGCGCCAAGGCGCUCGAGCAGACGUUCCACGUCGUCAUCGACUCGGACUGGUACGUCUGCAACACCGAGUACUUUAAGGUCACGGCGUCCAAUGGCCGCAUUGUGCUCGAAAAGGAGCCAGUUCGCUAUGGUCUUGAGUGCUACGUCUACUUUUACCGCUCGGUCGAGAAGGGCUGGUUGAAGGAGGAGAUUGCGUGCUUCAACCUCACUGCUAUGGCCCAGCAAUCUCGCAACCCCGCCAGCGCACCUCCUUUCACUGGCGUUGCCGUCGGUAGCAACUUCACCUUCGAUGCUGAUCUUCUCCCCGACGACGUCCUCGCAAACAUCAAGCGCUGCCCUGAACCGCUCCGCAGCGGUCUCUUUGACCUUGACAAACUUCCCCACCUUGACUAUGCCUCUUGGGUUGGUCCUCAAGCACCAAUGUUCUCUGGUGUUGCCGCUGCCUCCUCCUCCUCUUCCUCAUAAACAGUUCGCCCUCCGCCUUGCUUUGGGUUUGGGAACGCAACAUGUUUUGUUUUCUUCGUUUCCUCAAACCCGAAACCCUUCUUGUGCAGUUGUUUUUGUUUGUUUCUUUGUUUCUUUGUUUCUUCGUUUCUUUGUUUCUUUGUUUCUUCGUUUCUUUGUUUCUUUGUUUCUUUGUUUGUUUGUUUCUUUGUUUCUGUGUUUCUGUGUUUCUUUGUUUCUUUGUUU